UGGGAAGGCUACUGGGGUACGGCAGAGAGAGAGACAGGCAGACUAACUCACAGGGGAGCAGGCAUUCAGAACUGGGGGACGCAAAACAGAGCCCAGGCUGCUGGAGGAGUUAUUAGGAAGCUGUUGGUGAGGGGUGGGCAGGUGAGCUGACCUCUUCUGGAACCUAGGGUAGAAGGGAUGUGUCAUGCUGGGAGGUGGGGAGGCACCUUAUUAGUGGGUCCCUCCCCAGCCUCCUGCAUCCCCCGGAAGGGGACUGUCAGAGGACCUGCCUUCGCUGACGCCUGUCUGUCUGUCGUCCCUCUUCUCCAACCACACUUGCUCCUGUCUCACUGGUAUCAUUUGGCUUUGCACUCGUCCCUCUGGGUGCCACCCUCUCCAUCCGUGUCUUUGCCCCCUGGGCCUCCAUUUCUGGCUCCACUCUGCCCCUGCCUGUUGUGUGGGGUGUUCUCUCUCUCUGCACUCUCUCUGACUGGCAUUCUGGCCCCUUAUUCUGUCCUCAUGGCUCACACUGGGUCCCAUCUAUGUCGAUCUUUGGUCCCUGGCUUCCAUCAUGAUCGUGUUGUCACUUGGCAUUCCCUAUUGUGUGUGAUUCUACCUGUCCUCUCUGGCCCCUGGCCUCUGCUCCUCCUCCAUGCCUCCAUCUCUGUGCCGGGUUCCCCACUUUCUUGCCGUCUCCCUUCCCACUCCUCUCCCCACCCAUCUGAGCAGCAGCGUCCCAUCCAGCCCUCUUUCACCAAGUCCCUCUGCCGUGAGUCCCACUGGAAGUGCCUCCUGCUCUCGCUGCUCAUGUACGGCUGCCUAGGGGCCGUGGCCUGGUGUCACGUCACCACGGUGACCCGCCUCACCUUCAGCAGCGCCUACCAGGGCAAUAGCCUCAUGUACCAUGACAGCCCCUGCUCCAACGGCUACGUCUACAUCCCCCUGGCCUUCCUGCUCAUGCUGUACGCCGUCUACUUGGUGGAGUGCUGGCACUGCCAGGCCCGCCAUGAGCUGCAGCAUCGCGUGGACGUGAGCAGCGUGCGGGAACGCGUGGGCCGCAUGCAGCAGGCCACGCCUUGCAUUUGGUGGAAGGCCAUCAGCUACCACUAUGUCCGCCGCACCCGCCAGGUCACCCGUUACCGCAAUGGAGAUGCCUACACCACCACCCAGGUCUACCACGAACGCGUCAACACCCAUGUGGCAGAGGCCGAGUUCGACUAUGCGCGCUGUGGCGUCCGAGACGUGUCCAAGGCGCUGGUGGGGCUGGAGGGCGCGCCAGCCACGCGGCUGCGCUUCACCAAGUGCUUCAGCUUCGCCAGCGUGGAGGCUGAGAACGCGUACCUGUGCCAGCGCGCACGCUUCUUCGCCGAGAACGAGGGUCUGGACGACUACAUGGAGGCGCGCGAGGGCAUGCACCUCAAGAAUGUAGAUUUUCGCGAGUUCAUGGUGGCCUUUCCCGACCCGACCCGGCCUCCCUGGUACGCCUGCUCCUCGGCCUUCUGGGCCGCCGCACUACUCACUCUGUCCUGGCCGCUUCGGGUUCUGGCGGAGUACCGCACGGCCUAUGCGCACUACCACGUUGAGAAGCUUUUCGGCCUGGAGGGCCCGGGCUCAGCGAGCAGCAUGGGCGACGGCCUGAGCCCCAGCGACGAGCUGCUGCCCCCGCUCACGCACCGCCUGCCACGGGUCAACACAGUGGACAGUACGGAGCUCGAGUGGCACAUCCGCUCCAACCAGCAGCUGGUGCCCAGCUACUCGGAGGCGGUGCUCAUGGACUUGGCAGGACUGGGGGCACGCUGCGGCGCGGGGGCGACGGCCGGGGGCUACGCGCCCACCUGUCGCUAUGGCGGAGUGGGCGGCCCGGGCGCAGCGGGCGUGGCACCUUUCCGGCGCAGCUGUGAGCACUGCCAGCGCGCCGUCAGCAGCUCGUCCAUCUUCUCGCGCAGCGCCCUGAGCAUCUGCGCCAGCCCGCGCGCCGGCCCGGUGCCGGGCGGCAGCGGUGGUGCCGGGGGCUGCGGGGGCAGCCGCUUCUCGCUCGGCCGCCUCUAUGGCUCGCGGCGGAGCUGCCUGUGGCGCAGCCGCAGCGGGAGCGUCAACGAGGCCAGCUGCCCAACGGAGCAGACGCGCCUGUCCAGCCAGGCCAGCAUGGGCGACGACGAAGACGACGACGACGACGAGGAGGAGGAGGCCGGGCCUCCGCCGCCCUAUCACGACGCCCUGUAUUUCCCCGUCCUCAUCGUCCACCGACAGGAGGGGUGUCUGGGCCACAGCCACCGGCCGCUCCAUCGCCACGGCUCCUGCGUGGAGACCUCACUGUGACCUGUGGUCGCUGGAAUGGUCCGUGCCCUCCGCCCUCCUGCCCCUCGUGGCCUGUGUGCGCACCACUACCCCCACCACCGCGAGCAGCGCGGGAGGUGCAAAGUGACUGAGGCUGCACGUACAGGGAACGACUUCAAGGGACAGGGAGGAGGUGAGGGCGCUGGGUUCGGGAAGGCCCGAUGGGCCAAGAACCCUGCGGAGCCCCUGUACAUAAAAACACGGGUGGCUGGGGAGAGAGGUGGACAGCUCCCGCCUCUAACAGCCCCUCAUCCCUAAGGGGGCGCCACCUUUCCGACGUGCACACUCGAUCUCCCCUUCCAUCCCCUCCCCCACUUCCACCCUAGGUCUUCUGACUGUUACUUGGCGGCUGUACUGGAGGGGGAGGGGGUCUGUGUUGAUACUGGCUGACACUCCCUGGGAGGGAGUGGGGAAGGGGACCUGGGCUUCCCUUUUGGGGUUGCCUUGGCUACAACGGCAGGGGGCGUGGUUUGGUUAACAGCAGGCCUGGAUUCCCCUACUCCCACCCACCCUCCCC